AUGGACAUGAAGACUGCUACUCAUCUCCUGGGGCUCCUGCUGCUCUGCCUCCCAGGUGCCAGAUGUGACAUCCAGAUGUCCCAGUCUCCUUCUGCCCUGUCCGCUUCUCCAGGAGACACAAUCACCAUCUCCUGUAAAGCCAGUCAGGGUAUUAGCAGGGUAUUAAACUGGUAUCAGCAGAAACCAGGGAAUGCCCCAAAGCUCCUGAUCUAUUACACUUCAAAUUUGGCCUCUGGGGUCCCAUCCAGAUUCAGUGGAAGUGGAUAUGAGACAGAUUAUACUCUCACCAUCAGCAGCCUUCAGCCUGAAGAUUUUGCCACUUAUUACUGUCAACAGUGUAUUAAUUACCCUCCCACAGUGAUACAAGCCAUUAUCAAAACCUCCCAGGAAAGCAGAAGCUCCACUGGAGACAUUGUACUGACUCAAAUUCCUGCAUCUCUGGCCCUGUCUCUUCAAGACAUGGCUACCAUCACCCGCAGAGCCAGGGAGAAUGCUGAUAAUAAAAUUUGGAGAGUUUCAUAUAUUGGUACCAACAGAAACAAGGACAGUCCAAAACUUCUGACCUAUACAGGAUCCAACAGGGAAAGUGGGUACCAAAACCAGUUGAGUGGCAGUGGGUCUGAGACAGAUUUCAAUUUCACCAUAAAUCCAGGGAGGCUGAAGCUGCUGCAAAUUGCUAUGAUAAACAAAGCUCUUGCAAAGAAAAUAGUUCUGAAUUUUAAGAAAUACUUUCAGUGUGAUUGA